AUGGCAUCGCACAGGCGAGCCGUAGAAGACUUAGACCUCUCGAAGCUUCGCGAGCUACUUUCUGGAACCCAGGCGCAAGUGCUCACGAGUUUGGACCCGGGGUACGAAGCCUCGAUGGAGCGUUGGUCUCGUGCGGCGAUCAAGCCUGCAGGAGUCUCGAUAGUCCCAACCACAUCUGAAGAGGUCGCCGUCGCCAUCAAGUAUGCCUCCGAGAACAACCUGGACGUCGCGGUCAAAGGCGGCGGGCACUCGACUGCUGGAGCUAGCAGCACGAACGGUGGCCUACUGAUUGAUCUUGGCGGCAUGCGGAAGGUUGACGUUGACGUUGCGAAGCAGCGACUGCAUGUGCAAGGCGGCUGUCUGUGGAUGGACGUUGAUGAAGCCGGAUGGAAGCACGGCUUGGCCACCGUGGGCGGCACUGUAGCCGAUACGGGCGUGGGUGGUCUGACGCUAGGUGGCGGCUAUGGUAUGCUCUCGGGCCAGCGUGGACUCGUCAUCGACAACACAGUAGCCGCCACCGUCGUCACCUCAAACGGUGAGAUCAAUCACGCGAGCAAAACCGAAAACCCAGAUCUCUUCUGGGCUUUGAACGGCGCAGGCCAGAACUUCGGCGUCACGACCGAGUUCGUCCUACAAGCCUACCCGCAGAAAGACGUCUACAUGGGUACCAUGAUCUUCGCCCCAACACCAGAAAACAUCACAAAGCUGGUUACAGCGAUCAACGACCUCUACGAAGUCCCCGCUGAAGGCGUCCACACUAAGACUAAAGGCAAGCUGAACUCCCUCCUCGGUCUCGGCCGCCCACCACAAGCAGGCGGCCAAACAGUUCUGCUCUUCAUCAUCGCCUACGACGGUCAAGAAUCCAAAUGCAAACAGCUCCUGAAGCCUAUCCUCGAUAUCGGUCCAGUCGUAAACACCUGCCACACGGGUCCCUACCCUGAGGUCAACAGUCAGAUACCCACCGUCCCCGGCUUCCGCUCAAGCAUGAAAGGCGCCGCCUACGUCCUACCCAUCCGCCCAGAAUUCGUCACCUCAAUGGUCUCCAAGUACAAUACCUUCAUGGACUCACAACCGGAUGCCGCGCAGAGUCUGAUGGCUUGGGAGAUCUACGACCCUACGGAAGUUGUGAAGAAGGAGGAGAAUGGGUGUUUUGCGAAUAGAGGGUAUCAUAUGAACAGUUUGAUCAUGCCUAUGUGGUCCAAGCCGGAGAAUGAUUCUGAGUGUAGGCAGUUUGCGCGGGAUGUGAGUUUGGAGUUUAAGAAGGAGCUUGAGGCGCAUGGGCAGCGGACUAGUGAGGGGGUCGAGGGUGGUGCUAGUGUGAAGGGGAAGAAGGGGGCUGUGUUGUUGUACGGGAACUAUGAUCAAUACGAUGAGAUCUCCAAGGACAUCUUCGGCGAUAACUAUCCUCGUCUGCAGGAGAUCAAGGCCAAGUACGACCCGACGAAUAUGUUCAACAAGCUGUUCCCAAUCCAGCCGAAGCCGAGCAGCGCCCGGAUUGAGAACACUGCCGCUUAA